AUGACGACGUCGUUUCAUUCGACCCAGACCCCGGCUUCUUCAUGGGCUUUGCUCCCAUGGAAAACCCGCAUCUCGUUAACGAUUCUGUCAAAGUUAACGGACGCCACUCGCCGUUCUAACGGCUCCGUCAACCGCCGUCUCAUAAGCUUCUUCGACUUCCGCUCCUCCCCCACCCCCUCCGCUCCCUACAAAGGCGUCACCACCACUGACGUCACCGUCGACGCCUCCCGCAACCUCUGGUUCCGCCUCUUCGUCCCUUCCUCUGCGACGUCGUCUUCUUCUUCAUUGCCCGUCGUCGUUUUCUUCCACGGCGGCGGAUUCAGCUUCCUCAGCCCCGACACCUUCGCCUACGACGCCGUCUGCCGCAAAUUCGCCCGCCGCAUCCCCGCCGUCGUAGUCUCCGUCAACUACCGCCUCUCGCCGGAGCACCGCCACCCAUGCCAGUACGACGACGGCCUCGACGUCCUCCGAUUCCUCGACACAACCCCCGGCGCUCUCCCCGCCGUCGCCGACCUCUCCCGCUGCUUCCUCGCCGGAGACAGCGCUGGCGGCAACAUCGCGCACCACGUGGCGGUGCGGGCCAGCCGCGACCGGCUCCAGCUCGUGAAGCUCGUUGGGCUAAUCUCGAUCCAGCCGUUCUUCGGCGGCGAGGAGAGAACGGAGUCGGAGAUUCGACUGGAGGGCGCGCCGCUGGUGUCGAUGGAGAGGACGGAUUGGGCCUGGGAGGCGUUUUUACCGGCCGGGUCGACCCGGGACCAUGAGGCGGCGAAUGUGGUCGGGCCGAACGCGGUGGAUAUAUCGGGUGUGGAGUACCCGAGUACAGUGGUGUUUGUUGGAGGGUUUGAUCCGCUGCGGGACUGGCAGAUGAGGUACUGUGAGUGGCUGAGGAAGUCAGGCAAGGAGGCGAAGCUCGUUGAGUAUCCGACUAUGGUUCACGCGUUCUAUAUGUUCCCGGAGUUGCCGGAAUCGAACCAGAUCAUCUCGGAGGUCAAGGAUUUCGUGGGCUCUAGAAUUUGAAUCUAUUAGAG